UCUCUAGCUAACUUGACAGGACAUGCAGAGAAGGUGGGGAUUGAAAAUUUUGAGCUCCUGAAGGUCCUAGGAACAGGAGCGUAUGGAAAAGUAUUCCUAGUUCGUAAAAUAAGUGGUCAUGAUGCUGGAAAGCUGUAUGCCAUGAAAGUUUUGAAAAAGGCAACAAUAGUUCAAAAGGCCAAAACUACAGAGCAUACAAGGACAGAACGGCAGGUUCUGGAGCACAUUAGGCAGUCACCAUUUUUGGUGACAUUGCACUAUGCUUUCCAGACAGAAACCAAGCUUCAUCUCAUUUUAGAUUAUAUAAAUGGUGGAGAGCUUUUUACUCAUCUUUCUCAAAGAGAGCGUUUCACAGAGCAUGAGGUGCAGAUCUAUAUCGGAGAGAUUGUGCUUGCCCUUGAACACCUGCACAAGUUGGGGAUUAUAUACCGUGACAUUAAGCUUGAGAAUAUUCUACUUGAUUCUAAUGGCCAUGUGGUACUGACAGAUUUUGGUCUGAGUAAGGAAUUUGUGGCUGAUGAAACUGAAAGAGCAUAUUCCUUUUGUGGAACUAUUGAAUACAUGGCACCAGAUAUUGUCAGAGGGGGAGAUUCGGGACAUGACAAGGCGGUUGACUGGUGGAGUCUAGGAGUUCUUAUGUAUGAACUGCUUACUGGAGCAUCUCCUUUUACUGUUGAUGGAGAGAAAAACUCCCAAGCUGAGAUAUCUCGGAGAAUAUUAAAAAGUGAGCCACCGUAUCCCCAAGAAAUGAGUGCUCUAGCUAAAGACCUCAUUCAGCAUCUUCUGAUGAAAGAUCCCAAGAAAAGGCUGGGAUGUGGCCCAAGGGAUGCAGAUGAAAUCAAAGAACACCUCUUUUUUCAGAAAAUAAACUGGGAUGACUUAGCUGCUAAAAAAGUGCCUGCACCAUUUAAGCCAGUCAUCCGAGAUGAAUUAGAUGUGAGCAACUUUGCUGAAGAGUUUACAGAAAUGGACCCUACCUAUUCUCCGGCUGCCCUGCCCCAGAGCUCUGAGAGGCUGUUUCAGGGUUACUCCUUUGUUGCUCCUUCUAUCCUCUUCAAGCGUAAUGCAGCUGUCAUAGACCCCCUCCAGUUUCACAUGGGAGUGGAACGUCCUGGAGUGACAACCGUUGCCAGGAGUGCCAUGACAAAGGACUCUCCAUUCUAUCAGCACUAUGACCUAGAUCUAAAGGACAAACCACUUGGUGAAGGAAGCUUUUCCAUCUGUCGAAAGUGCAUACACAAAAAAAGUAACCAGGCAUUUGCAGUCAAGAUAAUCAGUAAAAGGAUGGAAGCCAAUACCCAGAAAGAAAUAACGGCUCUGAAACUGUGUGAAGGCCACCCCAAUAUUGUGAAGCUGCAUGAGAUUUUUCAUGAUCAGCUUCAUACAUUUCUAGUGAUGGAACUUCUAAAUGGAGGAGAACUGUUUGAGCGCAUCAAGAAAAAGAAACAUUUCAGCGAGACUGAAGCCAGCUAUAUCAUGCGGAAGCUCGUUUCCGCUGUAAGCCAUAUGCACGACGUUGGAGUGGUACACAGAGAUCUGAAACCCGAGAAUUUACUGUUCACAGAUGAAAAUGAUAAUUUGGAAAUUAAAGUAAUUGAUUUCGGGUUUGCACGUCUCAAGCCACCUGACAAUCAACCCCUUAAGACUCCGUGCUUCACCCUUCAUUACGCGGCCCCAGAGCUCCUGAAUCAUAACGGCUAUGAUGAGUCCUGUGACCUGUGGAGCUUGGGUGUCAUUUUGUAUACAAUGUUGUCGGGGCAGGUUCCAUUCCAGUCUCAUGACAGAAGUCUGACAUGCACUAGCGCAGUGGAAAUCAUGAAGAAAAUUAAAAAGGGAGACUUCUCCUUUGAAGGAGAAGCCUGGAAGAAUGUAUCCCAAGAGGCAAAAGAUCUGAUCCAAGGACUUCUCACAGUUGAUCCAAAUAAAAGGCUUAAGAUGUCUGGCUUGAGAUAUAAUGAGUGGCUUCAGGAUGGCAGUCAGCUGUCCUCCAAUCCUCUGAUGACCCCAGACAUUCUGGGAUCUUCAGGAGCUGCGGUACACACUUGUGUGAAAGCAACCUUCCAUGCCUUUAACAAAUACAAGCGAGAAGGGUUUUGCCUUCAGAAUGUUGAUAAGGCCCCUUUGGCUAAGAGAAGGAAAAUGAAGAAGACGAGCACCAGUACCGAGACGCGCAGCAGCUCCAGUGAGAGCUCCCACUCCUCUUCCUCCCACUCUCAUGGCAAAACGACGCCCACCAAGACGCAGCCCAGCAACCCUGCCGACAGCGGGAACCCAGAGACGCUCUUCCAGUUCUCCGACUGAGCAGCCUAGGAGUGGUAGAAAUGGCGUGGCUGCCCCUCAGCAGGUGCCUGAGGUGCUGUUCUGUGCUUUAAAUGAUGUGUCCUGGUGGUCUCACUGGAAUCUGACUCAUAGUGAACUCUUUCAGGAAAACCCCAUUUGGUUGUCCAAAAGCACGGGACAGAGAGCGUUACUGUGAAUAGAGCACACAUGAGGCUUUUAGCCACCCAGCCCGGUGCCCAUAGAACUGUUCCUUAAACAGCUAAGGGCUCUAUGAAGUUAGGUAGGCACUGGUGAGGUUGGAGCUUUCAAAUGUCCACCAAUAAGACUCAAUGAUGCCUUUUUCUGUGCCUGGUAGAUUAGCUGGAUUUUUAUGCGCUUUUCACCCUUUGGAUGGUGAUAUUUAUCAGAAAAAAAUAGUCUGUUUUCAAAAGAGUGUAAUGAAUGUUAUUUGUGGCUUAUACUUAUUUCUUGAGAGAGAAUUUUAACUUAUUGUUUUAUUUUAUGGCUAUAUAUGAUGAUAACCUGCUAUUGUUAAUCUUUUUUUGUUUGUAAAAUGUUAAAAGGACAUAUGAACUUCAAGUGUCAUGCUGUGCAUUUGGGUCUGAGAUGCAUGCCCAGCUUUAUGGUUUUCAUUUUGCACUGCUCUUUCCUGGCAGUUUGUUUUCACGGUUUUUGCAGAAUAUUAAGGUACAUGUCUCUCUGUUUUAAAAUAAUAUGGCACUUUAUACAAGUGUGGCUAAAGCAAUCCAUUUUAUAAAGUGCACUGUUUUAAGUAUAUGUACUGUAUGUUUGCCAUUUUUCUAUAAAGUACUUUAAAUUUGUCCUCACAUCCCUCCUCUGCUUUGUGCACAAGUAGAAUGGGUGUGUGCGUUGUGUAAAUGAGUCAUUAGUCACUUAUGCACCAAUAUGAAGAAAAUCUAAAGGGAAAUCUGCUCAACACUGUGCUUCAUAUCUGUACACUGUGUUGUACUACAGCGGGUACUUCCUCCUGUGGUCGUAUAUUAUGUACAUAAUAUUUUAGAAUCACACCUAUGACUUGUUUUUGAAAUUUUUCAGUUAAAUUUUAAAUCCAGAAAGCAUAUUUUAUAAACUAAUGCAGAGCACUAUUUUAUUGCUCAGAAAUUCUGAAUUCAUAUUUAAAAAAAAACAAGUGCUAUGCGAUGAAUACAUUUCAUGGAAAGACUGCUGCAUUUUAAAAUACAAUUAAUGAAUUCCCUAUGCAAAAAAAUGAAGUGAUAGGAUUGUAUGUUAUUUUU